AUUUUCACCAGGGCUUUGAGAGCGACCGCGGAGAUGAUGACGGACAAGCAGGAGGAGAAGAGCAAGGCUGAAGCGGCGCAAGCUGCCGAGGUUGCUGAGGCGAAGAAGGGCAUAGAUGGGACCGAUGCCACGACCACUGCCACCGGCAGCGACACGUUAAAGAAAGCAGGGGGUGCGGCCAGCUGUGUGUUUAUCAAGAAGAAGAAGAGGGCAAAAGGCACGAGGGCAAACACAAGGAAGAGGACCACUGUGCAGGCAUUAGCGGCAGAGGACGACGAUAUUGAUGAGGGUGCCUUGCUGGAAAAGCGCAGCAAACCAGUGCGCGGCAUUGGCGCAACCACAACAAAGUCCAAGUCAAAGGAUGACAGCUUGACUGUGACCUACAAGUCUUCGCGAUCCAAGGAGUUUGCUGGACCAAAAGACAUGGGCGCGACGGCCGAGCUCACCAUUGAUACGGAGCGGGAUCGUGAUGCGCAGGCGGUCUUUGAGCGCUCACAACAGCAACCGGGAGAAGAAGGCGAGGGCAUGUAUCGGGGGCUGUCUGCGUACAGGCAGCUGAAUCAGCGUAAGGAGACGGUGGCGGGCAACGCGUUCAAGGGCGUGACAUCCAAGGGGCCCGUGCGCGCGCCUCUCAACAUCCGCAGCACCGUGCGCUGGGACUACCAGCCGGACAUCUGCAAGGACUACAAGGAGACGGGCUACUGCGGGUUUGGCGACACGUGCAAGUUCCUGCACGACCGCAGCGACUACAAGCACGGCUGGCAGAUUGACCGGGAGAUUGAGCGGGGCGAGUACGGCAAGGUGGACGUGCGGCAGUACGAGAUUGAGUCUGACUCGGACGAUGAGGACGAGCUGCCGUUUGCGUGCUUCAUCUGCCGUGAGCGCUUCACCCACCCGGUCGUCACCAAGUGCAAGCACUACUUUUGCGAAAAGUGUCUGCUGGAGCACUUUCGCAAGUCGAUGAACUGCCCCGUCUGCAACGAGAAGACCGGCGGAUUCUUCCAGCCAGCAAAGGACAUUAUUGAGAGGCAGAAGCAGCUGGAGGACAACGGCAGCGAUGAUAACGAUGAAGAUGAUGAUGAUGGCAACGACUCGGAUUAAGCAACCUCUUUGUAUGUGUGUGUGCGUGUGUGUGUGUGUGUGUGUGUGUGUGUGUGUGUGUGUGUGUGUGUGUGUGUGUGUGUGUGUGUGUGUUGAGCGCUAGUUUGUGUGCCGUGUGCCAUGUACCAACCACGUGCAUCACCACUUCUCCCCUCCGCGAUUCCUCGUGUACAUUUCGAAUCACCACAAAGGCGCGCAGUCGCAACGAAGUAAACGAUAACAGUUG